AUGAUAAAAAUAGCUCGAAUCAUGGGGUUGAAAAAGGCAGCAACAAAGAAUCUUUCGGAAUCCAAUCCACCACCAGCCUCAAAUGAUUCCUCUGUUCCUAGCGAGGCUGUGAUUUCAAACGAGCUCUCAACCUCUAAUGAAUGGUCUGGCUUUGGAAAGAGAAUAUCACGGAGAUGCAAUCACAUCAUGAAUGCGAAGCCACAGCGAGUGAAACCACAGAAGCUAAUGCUCCUCGGACCAAAAAAUGGAAAAAAAUUGAAACCUCAAAUUGACAUCACAGGAAACGAAAACAUGAAUGCAUCCAAGGCGCUACCAUUCUAUAAUACAAAGCUCCCUGCUGUACACAAACCUAUCUCUCCAAGCCUUCAGUUGAAGGGAAGCCAUGGAUAUGAAAAUCUAAAGGAAGGAAAGCAACAAAAUGAAGGCUAA